AUGGCUUCCAAGAGCUGGAUGCGGUUGGCUACAGGUGCCUUCUACGCAUAUCCCAAGUCCGUAGGACGUUUACCCUUUGAGACAACAGCCCUUCAGCCAGUCACAGUAAUUCAAAGCCCACAUCAACAUCUGAACGGUACAUUGGUCGAGAAGAUCAUUGCGAACUUCCUUACCAAUGACGAUGUAUUCAACCACGACUUCAUGCAAGUAGUUCUAAUCGCCCAAGCUGAUAUUCUCUCGAUGGAAAUCAAGCUAGACUCGUCGGCCAUUGAAGUUCUCAAGAAACAUGGAAUGCAGAGGUGGGAGCUGGUUGGCAAUCAGCCUUGGAAAGCUGGCCCAUACUUUGCACAAGGAAAAGACUUGUAUCAAGCUUGGAAAAUGUACCCCGAUACCUCAGAGGCAUUCUAUCUGAGUACUAUCGCCGAUCCGAGCGUUGAUUCAUCUUACAUCCCAUUUGAUGUGUCUGUUUUUGCACCCGUGAACACCAUCGCUGUACCAUCCAGGUUGUAUUUCUCUCCAGAUGAUGCUAAGCCUCUGCAUGGUGUCCGCGUCGCGGUCAAAGACAUCUACAAUCUUAAAGGUGUCAAAACUGCGGGUUCAAGUCGAAGCUACAGAGAGCUGUAUCCGGAAUGCACAGAAUCUGCUUCUAGCGUACAGAAGUUGAUCGAUCUUGGUGCUAUCAUCGUGGGGAAGACAAAAACGACAACAUUUGCGGACCGACAGAUUCCUACGGGAGAUUGGAUCGAUACCCAUGCUCCCUUCAAUCCCCGCGGCGAUGGAUAUGUCGUCCCUGGAGGAAGCAGCUCAGGCAGUGGAUCUGCUCUUGCAUCAUAUGAAUGGUUGGACUAUGCCAUCGGAACAGACACAAGCGGCAGUAUUCGAUGGCCUGCUGCUCACUGUGGACUUUUCGGCUUCAAGCCUACAUUUGAUGUUAUGCCGAUGGACGGGAUCAUUCCUAGCAGCUUGCAAUUCGAUGUUCCAGCUUUUCUUUCCCGCGAUGUCAAGGCUGUGAAUAAUUUCGCUCAUAAAUGGUUCGGUGCUCAGCGUUUCCCUCUAUCGACGGCAAAGAAACCAACGAGAAUACUUUACCCGCUCGACUACACUGACCCUUCUCGGGAGCGGACUAUGUCUACCAACAAGCAAGUCCUCGAUGUUUUCGAGAGUUUCGUGGCGAAGCUGGAAGCCUACCUAGGCGUGAAACGAACACCUACCUACGAAUAUAUUCUCAACUACGACUCAUGGCACAACAAUCGCCAGUUCGUCUCUGAUUAUAACAAGAAAUUUGGACGAAACCCGUACCUCCCGCCGAGUAUCGCAAACAGAUGGAAGUUCGGAAAGAAUACGACUGAUGAACAGAGGGGUGCAGCAGUGAAGCAGGUAGAAUUAUACAAAACAUGGUUCGAAGCUAAUGUACUUGAUCCAGAAUCUGGGUCACUCUUGGAAUCUGUUCUUGUACUUCCCUGGACUGCAGGAUUCGCAAACUACCGAGAUACCACAAAACCCAUCCCCAACGAUUCUUUCGGUCGUGGAUUUUGGUCCUCCUACAUAACCAGCUUUUCGACUGGGCCAGAAUUCGUGUUUCCAAUUGGGACAUGGUCAUACGACUCAAAGGUGACAGAGAGACAAGAGAGACUGCCUGUUGCAGCUGGCAUUGUGGGAGCUCCGGGAUCUGAUUACGGAAUUCUACAGUUCGUGGAGGAGUUCUUGGCCAACAGUGACCUUCAAGAAACUGUCAUCACAGGGUCCGAGGUCUUUGCACCUUCAAAGACAAUUCACAGUGGCGACAAGCAAAAGUCUCAAGAGCAUCUGUGA